CACCAGUGCUGAGAGCCUAGAGCCACCCGACCACUGACCACCAGACCACUCCGCCUCAUCCCCAUGGCCUGCCUGAACCCCGCGCAGCUCCAGAAGUUCCAGGAGGAUGGGUUCCUGGUGCUGGAAGGGUUCCUGUCUGCAGACGAGUGUGUGGCCAUGCAGCGGAGGAUCGGUGAGAUCGUGGCCGAGAUGGAGGUCCCGCUCCACUGCCGCACAGAGUUUUCCACCCAGGGGGACGAGCAGCUGCGAAUGCAGGGCAGCACAGACUAUUUCUUGAGCAGCGGCGACAAGAUUCGAUUCUUCUUUGAGAAAGGCGUUUUUGACAAGAAAGGAAAUUUCCUGGUCCCCCCAGAGAAAGCCAUCAACAAAGUUGCCCAUGCUCUGCACGCCUAUGACCCUGUCUUCAAGCGUGUCACACACUCCCCCAAGAUGCAGGCCUUGGUCAGAAGUCUGGGCCUCCAGAAGCCUGUGGUGGUGCAGAGCAUGUACAUCUUUAAGCAACCUCACAUUGGCGGCGAAGCCUCCUCUCACCAGGACGCCACCUUCCUGUACACGGAGCCCCUGGGCCGGGUGCUGGGCGUGUGGAUCGCGCUGGAGGACGCCACGCUGGAGAACGGCUGCCUGUGGUUCAUCCCUGGCUCGCACACCAGUGGCGUGGAGAGAAGGAUGGUCCGGGCUCCUGCUGGCUCGGUGUCUGGCCUCAGCUUCCUGGGGUCGGAGCCAGCCCGGGAUGACAGCCUCUUUGUGCCUACGCCAGUGCAGAGAGGGGCCCUGAUCCUAAUCCACGGAGAAGUGGUGCACAAGAGCGAGGCAAACCUCUCUGACCGCUCGCGCCAUGCCUACACUUUCCACCUCAUGGAGGCCUCUGGCACCACCUGGAGCCCGGAGAACUGGCUCCAGCCAACAGCUGAGCUGCCCUUCCCCCCACUGUACACCUAAAGGCUCCGCAGGCCUGGGCACGGUCCCCUCCCCGGAAGCUGUGGCUGCAAACACCAGCACCUGCCGACCGCCCAGCUGCAGCGGGGCAGUCACCUCUCUCCUCCUGAACUUUCCUUCCGCCAGUGUCUGUGCCCCUUGGCCCUGCAGACAGGCAGGCAAGAGGUGGCAGCCGGGCAGCAGGAACCUCCCCGCUGCCCGGACACAAGCGCCCUCUAGAGCAGUGGUUCUCAACCUGUGGGUCGCGACCCCUUUGGCAGUCGAACGACCCUUUCACAGGGGUCGCCUAAG